AUGUCGUCAGCUCUGGAAUCCUCGGCCGUAUCGAACGAUGUCCAUCAUCCGGGCGAGGCCUCGAAAGACCAGGAAAGUUCAAUCCCGCAAUUAGAUACUCUUAUCUCACACCUAGUCGCAGCGAAGCGAUCGCUGUCCUCCAUCAAUCACGUUUGGCGAGCCAAUGAGAUUGUCACUGCCGCUCGCUCCGCAUUGGAGGAAAGUGUCAUAGUCUCUGCACGUACAGGUUUUCUCCGACGUGGGCUCAACAAUCAGCUCCGACUUCUCUAUAGCGUUCGCUCUGAGGUGGAAGAGAUAUCCCUUCGGGGCAGAUCGGAGUUUGCCGGUGUUUUGAAGGAUCUGGACGCAGCUGGUGCCCGUCUGAGAAAGACCUUAGGUCUCUUACAAGGGACCAUUGUUCAUCCUUCCUUUCGUCCGGAUGGUGAAGACCAGAAAAGCUUACACGAUUUCGUUGAUGAGCGUGGUGUCGACGAGCUUCAUGCAGCUUUGAAGGCUUCGAUUGACCGCACGAAUGCUGCUCAGCUAGAUCUGGAUUCUUCCAAUUAUGCUUUUGACAACGAGCUUCAAGCAAUCAAGAAAGCCCUGGGCAACUACCGGGAGGUUACAAAGUUAGCCUCCUCGCGCUCCUCUUCAUCUUCAUCGCCAUCUGCCUCAAACUCUAGCCUGCCUAAUCUGUCCUCAAUGCCAUCAAUGCUGCAUUCACUCGAGAUGCAUGCACAGGAAAUGGCUAACCUGCUGGAGUCAUUGGUCCGACACUUUGAUCUGUGCGUCACUGCCGUCAAGCACACGGAAGGCGGAGGCGCUGCGGCACAGACCAUCACAGGUGAUAUGCCGGCUGGGGUCAAUGUCAACGGUCGAGGUGGCCCUAACAUUGAAGAAGAAAUUAAUGCUCACUUGAAUGCUCCUCUGGAUCCCCUGAGUGAAUCUGGAUACUUGGAGAUGGUCAGCGUUCUCAUGAAAGACGCUGCUGAGGCUGAGGACGUUGUAAUGGAAAUCCAGGAUCGCAUAGGCGAGAUGGAGUCUGUUCUGGAAAGCAUUAUCUGUAGUCGGGACAAUCUACUUUCUGUUUAUAAUGCCACGACGGAGAUUUUCGGUCAUAUCUCGUCGCUGGCCUCUGUGCGUCUUCCCAGCUAUAUUGCCCAGGCACACAAUUUCACACGUGUAUGGAAUGAGGAGCAUGAUCGCAUCAAUGGUGGUCUUGCAGAUCUCUCUGACCUUAGUUCACUGUACGAUGGCUUUCUGGAAGCAUACGACAGUCUCAUUCUGGAAGUCUCGCGGCGGAGACAUGUACGACAACGUGUUGAGAAAGUGCUGCGUGAUGCAAAGCACAAGCUGGACCAGCUCUACGAGGAGGAUGUCAAUGCCCGCGAAGCAUUCCGAGUGGAGCAAGGAGACUAUCUACCAUCGGAUAUCUGGCCUGGCAUUGGCUGCGAACCCAUGCGAAUUGAGUUCCAACGCAUUUUCGGUGGCUCUUUGAAACCCGAGGAUGGUGAGCCGUCUGAGGCGCACGCUGAAUCCACCGUCCGGACUAGCGAUGAGCAGCACCCACCAGCGGCAGCAGAAGAGCUUGUCGCCGAUGAUGAAGUCAUUCCCGACCUACCCAAGUCACUUGUCGAACAAGCUCUUGCUCGUUUGCAGGCAAGGAGCAAGCAAGUCGCCUAG